CAUCCGGUUAAAUAUCUGUCUCGUUGUUCUAUCUGUGUCGGAAUAUCUUCUUGACAUGCCCGUGGAAGACUGGAGCCCAAAUCCUAUGAACUCAAAUCAGGUAGAGCCACCUAGCGGCGAGUCUGUGCAGACGGGGACAAGCACAGUUGCAGCAGCUGCAUCGCGCAGUUAAUCAAGUUGAUAUCAGUCCGUUCUGAGAAGUAAACUAUUGGAAGAGGCCUGCAAACGAUUCUCAGGUGACUUGGACGAAAGUGCGCUGUGCCAUGGCGUCAGUGCGUGUGGCUGUCCGUGUAAGACCCUUGAUCAAGAGAGAAAAGGAAGUGUCUGCGAAGGUCAUUAUCCACAUGGAGGGGAGCACCACUUCUAUAGAUUGCAACAAAAAGCACCUUUCCAAAGGCACCCCUGGCACUGGGCUGAAGGACAGAGGCAGACAGUCAUUCUCCUAUGAUUUCUCCUACGAUUCUACGGAUGUCAGAAGCCCCAACUUUGUGCCUCAGGAGAAGGUGUUUAAAGACUUGGGCUGUGAUGUCCUGGAGGCAGCGUUUGAUGGUUAUAACGCCUGUGUUUUCGCCUAUGGACAAACGGGAUCAGGGAAGUCUCAUACCAUGAUGGGAAGCCCAGGAGAUUUUGGUCUGAUUCCACGGAUCUGUGAAGGCCUGUUCUGUCAGAUAUCAGAGAAGAGCCAGGGGGAUGGGGCCUCCUUCCGCACAGAGGUCAGUUACCUGGAGAUCUAUAACGAGCGUGUGCAGGAUCUUCUCACGACUAAGAGCAGCCCAGAGAACGGGUCAGGACUCAAGGUCAGAGAACACCCCAAGGAUGGGCCGUAUGUGGAGGACCUGUCGAAGCACCUGGUUCAGAACUACAGGGAUAUAGAGAAGCUAUUGCAUGCUGGGAAAGCCAAACGCACCACGUCGAGCACGGGCAUGAACGAUGUUAGCAGCCGCUCGCAUGCCAUCUUCACCAUCAACUUCACACAGGCUCGUUUUGAUGCAGAGCUGCCAUGUGAGAUGGUGAGUAAGAUCCACCUGGUAGAUUUGGCGGGCAGUGAGAGGGCUGACGCCACAUGCGCCACCGGUGCCAGGCUGAAGGAAGGAGCCAACAUCAACAAGUCCCUGGUCACACUGGGCAUUGUCAUCUCUGCUCUUGGAGGAGAUAGAGGGGGCUCCCACAAGGGAAAAAGGAAGAAGCAGCUCUUCAUCCCCUACAGAGAUUCUGUUCUGACCUGGCUCCUGAAAGACAGCCUGGGAGGAAACUCCAAGACCAUCAUGAUAGCAACUCUUUCACCCGCUGACGUGAACUACAGUGAGACACUGAGCACGCUGCACUAUGCUAACAGAGCUAAGAACAUCUUCAACAAGCCCACAGUCAACGAGGACAGCAGUGUUACAGUCAUCAGAAAACUGCAGGAGGAGAUUGUCAGACUGAAACUUCUAGUGGAGAAGAACAACCAGGCUUGCCUUUCUCCUCAGGAUCUCUCCAAGACACUGAAGGUGGAGGAGAAACUUCACAAGAAUGAGGUCAAAGUGUUAGAACUGACCAGGGAGUGGACCAACAAGUGGGGGGAGACCCAGAACAUUCUCAAGGAGGAGACUGUAGCUCUGAGGAAGCAGGGUAUAGGUGUGGUCAUGGACUCCAAACUACCUCACUUAAUCGGCAUCGAUGAUGAUCUUCUCAGCACUGGCAUCAUUCUCUAUCAUUUAAAAGAGGGCAGGACGCUGGUGGGUCGAGACGAGGCUUCAUCCAAUCCGGAUAUUGUGCUCCAUGGUGCUGGUCUCCUGGAGGAACACUGUGUGUUUGAGAACCGUGAUGGAGUUGUGACUCUGAUCCCCCAGACGGGGGCGCUGUGCUCUGUCAACAGACUGGAGAUGACCCAGCCCUGUCAGCUGACACAGGGUAAUGGUGCAGUAAUCCAGCUAGGUAGAGGGACUAUAUUCCGUUUCAACCAUCCUAAAGAAGCUGCACAUCUCAGAGAGCAACGCAAGAGUGGCCUUCUCUCCAGCCUUUCCUUGACCGACUUCUCCAGGCUUUUCCAUCCUGGCAACAGGAUGGAUGUGUUCGCUGAAGCAGGAGAGAAGGGAGACUCUAGACAACAGAGGAGCUCUGUGCUCUCUCCUCAACUACAGAGCUGUACGGUUAUGACAAAGGCCAUGCCUAUGGAGGCUCCUGUCUCUGUCUCUCGUCAUCCUUCAGCAUGUUAUGCUGUACCUCUUCAGAUUGGAGCCGGAGCCCUUCAGCAUCUUCAGGCCGUCUCCUCUCUGCAGGCUGGGGUAAACGGGUGGAGCUUUGGUGCGGCUGAGGGCCAUGAACGUCCCUGCAGGAGUACUAAUGUAGAGAGCCAGAGGAGGGCCAGGGCCUCCCCAGUCCACCGGACAGGGACUCCUACUCUCACUUCCAGCCCCACUCUCACUCCCACUGCCUUGGAAUGGGACAGCCUGCAGCAGGGAUUGGAAGGAGAGGUGGUGGAAGAGUGGGACUUGUGUCAUCAAUCAGCGUCUGGGGUUGGAGUGUCUGAUAGGUGGCUGGAGGGAGCUUUACCUCUGCGUAGAGCGAGGGAAGAGGGAGGACUCUAUUGGGGUGAGGAGGCCUGGUCUGAACCUGGGGACGAGGAAAGGAACCGGGCCCUCCAGCAGACACCUGUCCUCCUGGUACAGCAGGCUGAUGUAUGUACCGUUGGGCUGAAGGGGCUACCGGGGCCUGCUAACAAGAGCCCAGGUGUCCUGUCAGGCCUACCUGAUGGCUGCAGGGUCCUGGGAGGGGUCCUGGCAACUACCUGCUGCAGAGGAGACCUGUCCAGGGCCGGAGCCCACUACGGUGGCCCUGCAGGGACCUCAUUAAGCACUGCUGUAUCCUAUCUGCAGAGAGGAGACGGAGGAAGAAUAGAUGGGUGGACGGAGGAACGAAUGGACCGUGCCCACCUCCCACAGGCCAGCAGCAGCUCAACAUACACACAGACCUCUCCCUCUCGGUUUGACACACACACACCCUCUGUGUCUCAGCUCGACAAUCACAGCCAGGCAACACACACUGCCUCUCUGUCUCAGAUUGACACACACAAUUGCAGCCAGGCAACACACACUGCCACUCGGCAGGACAGACACAGACGCAGCCAGGCGGUACGCGGCCUACCACUAGAGGCUUUGGAGGGCCAGUUCAGUCGCGUCAUGAUGGAUCGAUCCAGGAUGACAGUGGAGGGCCACAGGGAGAAUGACAAGGAGGGGGAUGCUGGGGCUAGGAGGGAAGAGGUGGAGCAGAGCUUCAGGCUGGGCGCUCCGGUUAGCAGGGUGUUUAGGGAGGAGGAGGAGCGGAAGGAGGAGAACCAGUUCUCUGUCUCUGGACUAAGUGCUCUGGUUAGAAGGGUAUGCCAGAUCUCUGGGAUUGGAGAGGAGCAGGAGCUAGACUCUCUGGGGGAAGAGGUCUCUGGGAUGGGUUCUCUGGUCAGCAGGGGGCUCUCCUGGAUGUUUCCGGACACAGGCCGUCUCCUUCGCAGCUCCACCCCCAGGAUCCUGCAGCAGGUCUGGGAAGGUACAGGAGUUCUGCAGCCUGCAGCUGGGGGAGGGGCUGGGAGUCUGCAGCCUGGAGCUGGGGGAGGAGCCAGCUCCAACUGGUCCAGUCAGGUUGUGAGGGAAAGUCAGGUGCUGUCGGUGGUCAAAGAUAGCCAGGUCUUCUCAUUGGUCAGAGAGAGUCACAUGUACUCCCUGGUCCGAGACAGUCACGUGUUCUCUAUGGUCAGUGAGCUGCCGUUUGUGCAUCACAUCAGCACAGAGCUAACUCAAGACUUCAGGAUCAUUCACAAUAAGCUCACUCAGGUUCUACAGCCAGUGGAGUCAACUGGACUCCAGCAGAAAGAUAUUGACCUCAACAAAACACCAGAAAUAAAACUGCCCCUAGUCCACAACACUGUCCUCAGCACAGUACCGAGCCUGUACCCAGCCCACAACACCAUAGAAUUUGCAAAUAAACAGAGCACAGGUAAAGAAGUGGAUUGGAGAACAGAGGACCACAGUCCCAUCAGUGAACUGGCUUGUACAUCGGAGCAGGAGGGAAAAGAGGAAGCUCUAGCUAAGUCGGAGGAACAGAGCCCUGUCAGAGAACUGCAGUGUACAUCAGAGCACCAGGGCAGAGAAAAAUCUCUAGCUAAGUCUGAGGAACAGAGGACCAUCAGAGAAGUGGAGUGGACAACUGAGCAGGAGGGCAGAGCGGAAGCUCUAGCUAAGUCGGCGGAACAGAGUCCCAUCAGAGAACUAGAGUGUACAUCGGAGCUGGAGGGCAAAGAGGAAGCUCUAGCUAAGUCAGAAGAACCAAGUCCCAUCAGAGAAAUGGAGUGUACAUUGGAGCAGGAGGGCGGAAAGGAAGCUCUAGCUAUGUCGGAGGAAUGGAGCCCCAUCAGAGAAGUGGAGUCAACGUCGGAGCUGGAGGGCAGAGAGGAGGCUCUACCUAAGUCGGAGGAACAGAAUCCUGUCAGAGAAGUGGAGUGGACAUCUGAGCAGGAGGGCAGAGAGGAAGCUCUAGCUAAGUCGGCGGAACAGAGUCCCAUCAGAGAACUAGAGUGUACAUCGGAGCUGGAGGGCAAAGAGGAAGCUCUAGCUAAGUCAGAAGAACCAAGUCCCAUCAGAGAAAUGGAGUGUACAUUGGAGCAGGAGGGCGGAAAGGAAGCUCUAGCUAUGUCGGAGGAAUGGAGCCCCAUCAGAGAAGUGGAGUCAACAUCGGAGCUGGAGGGCAGAGAGGAGGCUCUACCUAAGUCGGAGGAACAGAAUCCUGUAAGAGAACUGGAGUGUACAUCAGAGCACGAGGGCAAAGAAGAAGCUCAAGCUCUGUCGGAAGAACCACGUCCCAUCAGAGAACUGCAGUGUAUAUCAGAGCACGAGGGUGGAGAGGAAGCUCUAGCUAAGUCAGGAGAACCAAGUUCCAUCAGAGAACUGGAGUAUACUUUGGAGCAGGAGGGCAGAGAGGAAGCUCUAGCUCAGUCGGAGGAACAGAGUCCUAUCAGAAAACUGCAGUGGACAUCAGAGCACGAGGGUGGAGAUGAAGCUCUAGCUAAGUCAGAAGAACCAAGUCCCAGCAGAGAACUGGCUUGUACAUUGGAGCAAGAGGUCAUAGAGGAAGCUCUAGCUAAGUCGGAGGAACAGAGUCCCAUCAGAGAACUGCAGUGGACAUCAGAGCACGAGGGUGGAGAUGAAGCUCUAGCUAAGUCAGAAGAACCAAGUCCCAUCAGAGAAGUGGAGUGUUCAUUGGAGCAUGAGGGCAGAGAGGAAGCUCUAGCUAAGUUGGAGGAACAGAGUCCUGUCAGAGAAGUGGAGUGUUCAUUGGAGCAGGAGGGCAGAGAGGAAGCUCUAGCUAAGUUGGAGGAACAGAGUCCUGUCAGAGAACUGGAGUGUACAUCAGAGCAUGAGGGCAAAGAAGAAGCUCAAGCUCUGUCGGAGGAACAGUGUCCCAUCAGAGAAGUGGAGUGUACAUCCGAGCACGAGGGUGGAGAUGAAGCUAAAGCUAAGUCAGACGAACCAAGUCCCAGCAGAGAACUGCAGUCUACAUCAGAGCAUGAGGGCAGAGAGGAAGCUCUACCUAAGUUGGAGGAACAGAAUCCUGUCAGAGAAGUGGAGUGUUCAGCAGAGAACAAGGGUGGAGAUGAAGCUCUAGCUAAGUUGGAGGAACAGAGUCCUGUCAGAGUAUUGGAGUGUUCAUUGGAGCAGGAGGGCAGAGAGGAAGCUCUAGCUAAGUCAGAAGAUCCCAGUUCCACCAGAGAACUGGAGUGUACAUCGGAGCACGAGGGUGGAGAGGAAGCUCUAUCUAAGUCAGAAGAUCCCAGUUCCACCAGAGAACUGGAGUGUACAUUGGAGCACGAGGGUGGAGAGGAAGCUCUAUCUAAGUCAGAGGAACAGAGUAUAACCAAGAAGGUGCUGUGGUCAUCAAAGGACCAGAUUGAGAUUGUGGAGGACAAACAUUGUGUCACUUGUGGAGCCAAGAGCACCAAGUCACAGCCCCCUCCAGAGCAGCGUAACAACACCAGUUCCACAGGCCCAGAGAAUAUCUUUAUCCCUGGGCAUGGAAAUCAGAGGACUGAUGAUGUUCAGGUGUAUUAUGGGAGCCUGGUGGAGUUCCCAGAGGCUCUGGUUAAACUCCAGUCCCUUCCCGUAUCCACCCUCCUGGGCUGUCUCCAGUCCGUCCUCCCCUCCGUCUUCACCUCACAGAGACUACUGGCUCUCUACUGGCUGGGCGUGGCUAACUGCAGCCAGCCCCACCCACACCUCGCCCUUGUUCUCCUAUUGGAGUCCUGCCUCUACGCCCUGACCUUUGACCCUGACAUGACAGAUCGGACAACGCCUCUGACAGUGUUCCACCACCUCCCCCUGCUACAGGUUAAGGAGAUCCUGGUGGGUUUUGGCGGUCAGAGCCUGCGUCUCAAGGCCUCCAGUGAGGAGUGUGUCCUCACCCUCUACACCCACAGCCAGACCCUCACCCAGGCCCUCACCCACACCAUGCUUGGGGUCCUCUGUCCUGGGGACCAGAGACUGUCCCAACACCCCCUCCUGGUAGAGAACCUGAUGGUUCUGUCUCUGGACUGGAAGGCCCAGGCACCUGACCUGCUGCUGAAUGCUGAACUCAGGCUGUCUGGCCAGUUCCACAGGACCCUAGCUGACCUGGUCUACCUCGUCCAUGGCAACAUGAACCGAGAGAAGCCUCAUCUGGGAGAGGUUAGGCUGCUGCUUUACACCAGCGUUGGUGUGACAACGACCCCUGACCCCAGACCUGACCCCUGGGCCCAGCUCCUCCUCACAGACACACACCUGGGACUGGUGCAGGAGGAUACAGUGUUCCACCCUGCCCCCCACCACGUCCCCCUGCUGUCCCGCCAGGCCCAGUUCAAGGGGGUGACCCUCCGUUGCCUCUCCGACGUCCAAUGUGUGAUAGUCCGAGACGGGGUUGGGAGCUCGACCAGUGUGUGUGGAGAUGGAGCCGGGGAUGAAGGUGGGGCAACCAGGCUGGACAUCAUCCUGUCUCAGGACUGGAGGACCAGGAGAGAGAGGCCUAGAGGUCACCCUGAAAGAGGUGCUGUUGCUGAAGCUGAUGGAAGUGCAGUAGGGGGGGUAGCUGGAGCUAGUGUCCUGUCUGCUGCCUCUAAUUCAUGUCCUCCGCAGCAGCAGGCUGAAGUAUGGAAAUUACAUUUCAGCUGCUCCUCCGAGGCCGCCUGUCUGAUUAAUCACUUGUCAAACGUCUGAAUGGUCACUGAUCAAGGACUAGAGGACUGGACAGAACAGAAUGAACUACAGCUUAGACGGGUACCAGUUCUGUCCGGUCCUAACUCUCAUCGAGAGAACGGCAGGGUGUGUGUUUGCUCACUGAGUGGCAGUCAAGGGUCCAAUGUAUCUCAAGCAAACAAUGGAGAAUAUCGCUACCAUUAAACUAUUUAGGGCCAGUUUCCCCGAACAGACUAAGCCUAGUCAUGGACUAAACAGCAGGCUCAAAAGACAAUAUCCUUAUUCCUUUAUAGUCCAGGGAACAGGCCCAUAGAGUAUAGUAAUACAUUGAUGUGUUUAAGUUUUGGUGAAUGUUUCUAUGCACAUAGUUCUUGGAAAUUUCUAAAUCAAAUGUGCCACUUUCACAUUCAUUUAAAGAGACUCAGGGACAUGACGUGGUAGUGGUCCAUAGUGGGUCAAUUUCCACAAAAACUAAGAGCAUUGAAGCGCGAGGCUCAACUUCUCCUCUGUCUUUGUAGCUACCAGCGAACACAUGCGCAUGAGCAGAUAUUGUGUGACUGAGAGCAAAGUCCACAAUCUCGCUCAUCUCAAUAUUUGUGGAGCUGCUUGUGGCCACAUAAUUUCGCAGUCUACCUUUUUUAAGUCUUUCUGAACUGCACUAUAUUUAUUUGUUUAUCUUCUGUUCAACGCUGUGUUAGUCUGUUCAUGCUGUUUUUGUUCACACUGUGGAGGGAACACAGGACACUUGGUUCUACAGAAUGUAAGCUUUUUUAAGGGAAGAUGUGAAGGGCACAAAUAAUUGCAGGGUAAGCUUUUUAAGCAUAUUUGCACAUUUGACCACAAAACAGACCAGUGUUAAAUAUUAAAAUGUUUGUUUUAUGGACAUGUAUAAACAAUGAAUGUAUUUUAUACCAAAUAAAGUCAUGCAAUUUAAAUAAAAUAUUCGGAAUAUUUGCCGGUCAUAAUUUGACACUCGUGUGUAAAAAUACAUGUAUUAAAAUGUUCAUGUUUACAAUGCUGCAGGUGGCAAGGCUUUGUUUUGUUUUAAACGAAUAAAAGUAAUUGUUUUGAU